AUGCAGCACGUUCAAGUUCCACCAGACUUUGAUCCUUGGAGCCAGGACUUGAAUUUCACCGUCCCGGACGGACAGGGUGGAUGGGUUGUUGUGAAUAGCAACAUGCAGGUGCUUGACCAAUACCGUUACUAUGGUUUUCGUCUUGCCAUCAGCUAUGGAGCUGGAUUUGGGGCGUCAUUGAUGCUUUUCCUGAUUCUCGUCCUCAUGACCAAGUCAGAGAGGCGGAAAUCUUCCAUCUUCAUCCUGAACGCCGCCUGCGUCUUCGCCAAUGCGAUUCGUUGUCUGCUGUUCAGUACCUGGGUCACUGGCGAGUUCUACAACCCCUAUACCAUUCUCAGUCAAGAUUGGAGUCGCAUCUCGUCUGGAGACUUUGCUACCCAUAUCACGAUCAACAUCUUUGGCAUGCUGGUCAAUGCCUUGAUCUACGUCUCACUCAGUCUCCAAGUAUGGACCGUCUGCGUCACCACACCUUCUCUCCAGCGCAGCAUUAUUAUGGGCGUUACAACUUCCAUGGCCUUGGUCUCGUUUGGAUACAGAUUUGCGGCUGUAUAUUACAACACAAAGUUGACAUUGGCCUACAAGGACACAAGCUCGAUUGAGGGCCUGGUCUCCAUCUCCUAUAUGCUGCAGGCUGUUUCGAUCUGGCUUUUCAGCGGCGUCUUCACCUACAAGCUUGGCUACGCUAUUAUCCAGAGACGCCGUCUCAAUAUGCCUCAGUUUGGGCCGAUGCAGGUUGUCUUCAUCAUGGGCUGUCAGACAAUGCUGAUUCCAGCGAUUUUCGCCUCCCUGCAGUUUGCACAAAUCCUUCCCGAGAUUGUUUCGCAUGUCCUUACAGUUGUUUGCAUCUUCCUCCCACUGUCAGCAAUCUGGGCAGGAAUUGUGAAUGACCAGAACCUUGCUUCAAGAGGACCCGAUGCUCACCAGCGCCUUAUCAACAACAAUUUCUGCGACACAACUUCUGGUAGUACAGUUGUUGAAGGCUCUGCUGUCCACGAUAAAGGUCGUAAGAUGAGUAUAUGGUCGGAUGCGAAGAGCCGGGACACCGCGGGCAUAGCCCUCACUCCUAUAGCACCCGUGCGCAACAACACGAGCAGCAACGAAAUUCUUAUCGAGCAUGACUUUGAAGUCUCUCGCCAGAAUGCUGCCGACCACGUCUAG